GGGGGCGGAGUCAACAGACUGCUGCAGCUGUCCAUGGUCGUGUAGUGGGAGCCAGAGAGGGUCCUGGUACGUGCGAGAUGCGGCCAUAGUCACGCUACACCGUCUAAAACCAGAACGUGCCCCGGAUCGUUCGUUUUGCAGCGCAUCUGAGCCAACUGUAAGCCUGUGGACGUGAGACAUCAUGGCUGAACACCAGAGGCAGCGCUCUCUGUCCACUGCCGGGGAGUCUCUCUACCAUGUGUUGGGAGUGGACAAGCUGGCUACAACAGAUGAUAUUAAGAGGUCUUAUAGGAAACUGGCGCUAAAGUUUCACCCUGACAAGAACCCUGACAACCCAGAGGCUGCAGAUAAGUUCAAGGAGAUUAAUAAUGCUCAUGCGAUUCUGAAUGACCCCACGAAGCGGAACAUUUACGAUAAAUAUGGCUCUCUGGGACUAUAUGUGGCUGAGCAAUUUGGAGAGGAAAAUGUCAACACUUACUUUGUCCUUUCGAGCUGGUGGGCAAAGGCGCUGUUUGUAUUCUGUGGCCUGGCCACUGGAUGCUACUUCUGUUGCUGCCUGUGUUGCUGUUGUAACUGCUGCUGUGGAAGAUGUAAACCCCGGCCUCGGGAAGGCCAGGAUCAGGAAUUCUAUGUGUCCCCUGAGGACCUUGAGGCUCAGCUGCAGUCUGAUGAGAGAGAGGCUGGCGGUGAGCCCAUAGUUUUGCAGCCGUCAGCAACAGAGACAACCCAGUUAACAUCAGAUGGGCACUACACCUACAACACCGACACUGGCUUCAACUAACCUUCCGCUUCCGUCAGACCUGGCCUGGGGUCCUGCCUGCUUCCCUGCUCCACUUCAGUGAAAUGAAAGAAAGAGGCAAUCCAUCUUUCCACUUCAGAAAGAGAGCCAUGCAGAGGAGAGGGACAAGUAAGCAUGGCCUAUAAAAGGAACUAAUGAAGUCACAUCCCCUUGCACCCCUCCCUGAUCGUACUUCCCCUGGUACAAGAAGAAAAGAGAAACAACAAAAUUGUUUCCCUUUUAUUACUUCUUUUGUUUUCCUUAGCCUUUAACCACACAGGUCGCCUGCCCUAUUUUCCCUUUCCCCAUAGUGUAGCAUGCACUGUGCAGAAAACAUCGUCUCCAGAUUUUCUUUACUCCUUGGCAACAUUUGUUACUUAGCGAGAAUCAUAAUGUAUGUGCAGUAAGAUUCUGAUGAUUACAGCUCACAAGGAGAAGAGGAUGGUGAAGUUUACACAAUAUUUUAUGCUGAACGAUUGAAGAGUGAGGGCUCAGGGAGGUGCUGGUUGGAGACAUGCAUUUGCUGGCUUAGGCAGUCAGUGCCAUCAUUAAACCCACAAGAACCGAGCUAUCACCCACAUUUACAGUUUGCACUUCUGAUUUGCAGUCGAUAUAAACGCCACCUGCCGUCAUCUGACCUAGAGUACGUCUUCGGCAAUGUAUGUGUUCAUCUUCUGUUUGCUCCACUUUUGAGUGUUUUUCAUGUGAAGGUACACAGCUUUAUUUACAGACUACUUGCAGGUUAGUACCAGCUGUUCUCCCCGACAGAAAUCUGUCGUCGCAGGAAGUGGACCACUUUCCCCAUCUUGUUGCAGCAGGCUGUUAUUUAGAUCAUUUUCACUGAAACUUUAACAUUGAUUUGUAAUGUGCAUUACAAAUUUGAUACGGUAUGUUUCAGUGAUGUGAUAAAUCAGGAAGAUUUAGCUUUUAUUGUUAUAUCAGCAGCUCUAAAAUUGAUACUGACAAAGGAAUGGCACACGAAACAGCUCCAUUUCAAAUAUUUAGUUGUCAUUAGAAGAUCAUUUUUAUUUUCCUGAGCUGAGCUGCGGCUGUCUUUUUCUUUGUUUUCUUAUGAUUUAUAACAAUGACAAAAACACCACAAGAAGUGGAGACUCAAAGGAGCUCUUUGUUGCUUUUAUUUUAGUUCUUUGCGCCACAUGAAGCCAAGGAGCACCAAGUAAUCCAGCUGGCUCUGAUCAGAGCUUCUAAAAGGCUGAUAUAUAUGUAGGUCUCCAUCGGCUGCAGUGCAGAGGAUGACUUGUUCAACAAGCUCAUAAGUUAAUGUGAUGUGAAGUUGAGAAAAGUAAAAAAAAAAAAAAAAAGAAAGAAAGAAAAAAGUCAUGUUCAUCAACUUUUUUGUGUUUUGAACUGAAGUCCAACGAGUCUGAUAUUUUGUCUGAUGCUGUGAUCUUUUAUUGUCGUCAUUUUUGAAUCCGUGUAGGUAAAGAAUCUCGUUGGGCGUAUCAUGUGUGAGCCAGUGCCACAGGCAGCUCUGAGAAAAAAAGAUUUUUUAUACCACUCAGUUUGCAGAUAUUGCCACACAUGUUUGCCAUAGAUUGCCACAAACAUCUUUGCCAUCUCAACUGCUAAUAAUGUGUUUCAAUGGUUUACAAUUGGUGAACCCCUCUAGCCCACCCUCUGCUAUUAAUGGUAUGGAUGUUGACUUCUGUGGCCCUUGUAUGAUGUUUCCUGUAACCACUGAUGAAACAUAGAUGUUCCUGUCAUGGCUUUUUCAUUGAGAUAUUGAAAAAUGCUACUGUAAAUGUUCUAAUUUGAAUGCACUGUGUGUUUAAAAAAAUUAUAAUGGAUCAAUGAUCAGGAAAUGAUUCCAUAAAAAUUUACAUAGUAUAUAGUGUAACUAUAGUGAAAUGGUUAUAUGAUGCAUUUUUUGGAAUUUUAUUUAUUUCAUAUACCGUCAUGUUUCAGAUGAUGAAUUCCUCAUUUUAACUGGUAUGGUGUUGUAAUGUAACCAUUAAAUUUUGCAAGGAAUGAUUUAAUGGUAAAGGUUGCUUGUACAUACACUUGGCCCAUAUAAAGUAUAAACCUUAACGUUUAUGUUGUAGCAUGGUAAUCGUGUGUCUGGAAGAAAACAAGUGGAUCAAUGAACUGAUUUGCUGUUGUUGAAUAAAUGUUCCUCAACA